AUGUCUACACCUAGUGAGGAGGAGUCACCAGAGGCCAGCCCUUCCAGCAGCAUCUUUGAAGAGGAAAGCUUCCAGUCUCAAUACAGAGUCCUCAGGACCAUAGGCCAUGGGAGCAACGCCAAGGUCCAGCUGGCCCACCAUCUCCUCACAGGUACUCCAGUGGCUGUCAAAGUGCUUCAAAAAAAGAAGAAGUGGCAUCAGCCACUCAGGGCCGAGGUAGAUAUCAUGAUGAUGAUCAGCCACCCUAACAUCAUCUCACUUUUCCAAGUGAUUGAGACUGAGAAGAGAAUAUACCUCAUCAUGGAGCUGGCUGAGGGACAAGAGCUUUAUCAAUAUAUCCGAAAGGUUGGCCACCUGAAGGAGGACGAGGCCCGGGGGAUAUUCAAGCAAAUAAUAGCAGGUGUGAGCUACUGCCAUGACCUAGGUAUAGUUCACAGGGACCUGAAACCAGACAACAUAAUGCUGGACCCCAACGGAAAUGUCAAAAUCAUCGACUUUGGCCUUGGCACCCAAGUUCAGCCUGGGCAAAGGCUGAGCCGGCACUGCGGUGCUUACUCCUUUGGUGCCCCUGAACUCUUCCUUGGCAGACUUUAUGAUGGCCCCAAGAUCGACAUAUGGACCUUGGGAGUUGUCUUAUAUUUCAUGGUAGUCGGGAAGGUCCCAUUUGAUGCUGUCACCAUUCCAGAGCUUCGAAGGCAGGUUGUGGCAGGAAAGUAUGCCGUCCCCUCAGGCAUCUCAGAAGAACUCCGGGACCUGCUUAGUGUCUUAAUGACAGUGAACCCCAGGUUAAGACCAACAAUGGCUGAAGUGAUGACACACCCCUGGCUCAGGGAAGACAUGGAGGCUUUACCAAAUCACUGUGAUAAAAUGAUCCCCAGCUUGCCUGACCCUGCAAUUGUGGAAGCCAUGGAAUUUAUAGGGUUCCAAGCUCAGGAUAUCAAGGAUUCAUUAUGUCAGAGGAAAUUCAAUCAAACCAUGGCAUCCUAUCGCUUACUUCAAGGGCAGGCUCUCCAGGAACAUGGCUACACAACCCGGGCUAUGCCCAUGAAUCCAGGGGUGACACCAUUCCCUUCCCUUGAAGAUCCUGCUGCUUUUCCUCUAGAACCAAGAAGGAGGGGAAGUGAGCCAGCCCUUGGCACAUUUCUCAGAGGGCCAUCCACUAAUGGUCCCCAGGCAGGUCAAAGGAGAGGCAGGCAUGCCACUGGGCCACUCCAGAGGACACCCACACUGGACCCAGCCCAUCAACGUGCCAGGAGUGCUCCCUGUGUUUAUUCAGUGAGCAGCAGUGGUGAGAACACAGAAAACAACUUAUGCUCACACAGAGCCACAGCAGAGGGCAAGUCUGUCCACAGCCAGGGCCAGUACAGAGGCUUGAAGGGAUGGUCAAGGAGAAUAGGAAAGGCCCUGAUGAGACUGUGUUGCUGCUUUCCAUCUGGGAAGAAACCUGGCCGAGGUCAGAACAGAGUCUCCCCUCAGAAAUGA